AUGCGGCGGCGGAGAGGCUGCGUCUGUGCGCUGCUCCGACGAAUUCGGAUUGUGUGAGUUUUGGGAGUUGAAUUUUGAGGGGAUUUGAGGUUUUUUUGUUUGAAUUUGUUAUUUGAAGGUUGGGGAAUGGUUGGCAUGGAUAAUAUCGAAAUUUUGAAGCUUUUGUUACCUAAAUUUUAAGGAAAAGUUAUUUUUAAAUUUAGAAUGAAUAAAAAUGUUCAGCAUAAUAGUUUACACUUUAAUCUUACAAUUUCAUACCUCCGGAAUGAGGUGAGACACUUCCCUUGUUAGAAAAUUUUGUUACCUUAACAUCAAAAUUUUAAAAAAUGUUACCUAAAAACCGAUUUCCUCCCCCAAUAUCAAAACUCCCCGAUACUUAAUGAACAAUAAUAUAGGUUUUUGUUUUUCCAAAAAUACUAUCAAGUUGGUGUUUGCUCAAAAACAUAAUAUUUAUUCCGUGAGGUGUCUGAUCAGUUCAAUUUCGUGGACAAAUUGAACUGGUUUUAAUUUGUCAAAUAUUUUGGGAAUUUUUUAGUUCAAAGAUUAAAUACUGGCUUGAUCUUUGGGGUUUUGUAAAAUACGAUUAGUUUCUUGAUCGUUGGGUACAGAGGGAGCACUUUUAAUAUUAUUUUAAACUUUUUAUUAAAUAUUGACUUGGAGGACCCAGUUCAAAAAAAAUUUUUUUUCAGUAAAAAAUUAUGACAUUUUCAGAAUGACCUCACCUCCAAAAGACUCAGAAGACGUGUUGCAUGUUGACGAGCCAGAAGUUUCAGAAUCAGAUUUUGCGAAUUUCAUCGAUCAUCAAAUCGAACGUCUGAUAAAGGAGGAACGUGCCAGAUCACCUGAACUAACAACGAUGGAGGAACUGAAUAUUGCUGUAGCGUUCUGUAAACGAUUUUUAACUGAUACGAAUACUGAUCAUGAAAAACGGACACAAGUUAUGGCCAAAUUGGUGGAUUUGAAAUUGGAACAGGAUCAGGUGGAGGUAUGUUAACAUUUUUUUGUUUUUUUGAUGUUUAGGUAUGAAUGAAGGUGUGAAUGGAUGAAAAUAAGAUGUAAAGGAUGUUUUCCUAAUUUUAAAAGCAUUUUUGAGCGUUGAGAGAUAAACAUUAUAAGAUUUUAGGCUAUAGUUGCGGCUUGA